GAGCCUAGGCCCAAAACUAGCACAAAAGCUGUCAUAUUCGCAGUUGAUACGGUCUGGCUGUGUCCCCAGCCAAAUCUCAACUUGAAUUGUAUCUCUCAGAAUUCCCGUGUGUUGUGGGAGGGACCGGGGGAAGGGGGUAAUUGAAUCAUGUGGGCAGGUCUUUCUCACGCUAUUCUCAUGUUAGUGAAUAAGUCUCACGAGAUCUGAUGGGUUUAUCAGGGGUUUCCCCUUUUGCUUCCUCCUCAUUUUUCUCUUGCCGCCACCACGAAAGAAGUGCCUUUUGCCUCCCGUCAUGAUUCUGAGGCCUCCCCAGCCAUGUGGAACUGCUGUUCAUAAUUUUCAACACUGACUAUAAGUACUGUGACUGAAACAACCUCUUACUCUGAAAUCAAGUGACUUAAAGAUACAUCUGCUGAGAAGACUUUUUUUUCUGCAGCAAUUUAUCCAAACAGCUAAGUACAUCUUGGAGGUGUCCGUUGAUUUUUAACAAGGAAGAGCUAUUUUUCAAGCCCCUAUGUGGCAAAUCCCAUCAGUAUGCAUGGAAACCAGCUACAGUGAAUGCAUUCUUUACCCUGAAUCAAUUGUUCUCACCCCUGCUACAUGUAAAAUCACCUGGGGGGAUGGCAUUUAGAAUUUCCCAAACCCAAGUUGCCACCGACCAGUAAAAUGAGAAUCACUGGAGUGGGGCCUGGGCAACAUUGUGGCUUAAAGGUCUCCGGGGGAUUAGAGUGUGGGCCAGACCCCAAACCACUGCUUUUUUUUUUUUUUUUUUAACUUUUAAGUUCAGGGACACAGGUGCAGGUUUGUUAUAUUGGUAAACUCACAUCAUGGGGGUUUGUUGUACAGAUUAUUUCAUACCCAGGUAUUUGUUUUCUGCUAUAUCCCCAAGACCAUGAAUCAUAUCUGGCACAUAAUAAGCAUUUCCUAAUAUUUGUUCAAAAAGGAUAUGGCAGUCUUGGGGGGCAGAAGGGGGAGUGGGGAAAAUUUUUAAAUAACACAAUUUUUUUAAAAGGCACAAUGUUCUACAACGUCAAUUUCUCUUGCAUAUUCAGGAAAAUUGAGGGUUUUUUCUAAAACACGCUGACAUAAUGGGAAAUAAGAUGCAAAAUUUGCAUGAAUGUUUAAGACAAAGUCUGAGGUUUCCAAGAGAUGUUGUGCUGGGGAGACUGUGUGCUACAAGCUCGCAAAGCUCUGGGAGGACAAAGCAUUCAUCCUCCCUAGCAGAGGCCGUGAGGUUUGAGGCACAGAGCUGUAUAUACAAUAACAGUGAAAUUGAUCCCACUACUAAUUAUGACAAAAAUGAUCUUCCACGUAAACAGGUGGUGAAGCUCCUUAUGGUCCUGACCCUACAGUUCCUGUCCCAUGACCAGGGCCAGAUCACCAAGGAGCUGCAGCAGUUCGUAGUCAGUGGCAGCCCCAUGCGAGCACCGGAGGAAGGGCUGUGACCGUCUAUGACAAGCCGGCAUCUUUCUUUCGAGACACCUCUGGACCUGCAGCACUGACUCUUCAUGAAGCUGGGCGGCACGCACUCUCCGUUCAGGGCCCGAACCUGAGGACCCAGCCACGGAGCGGUCGGCCUUCAUGGAGCAGGAUGCUGGGAGCGGGCUGGUGAUGCGUCUCCGCGAGCGGCCAGCCCUGCUGGUCAGCAGCACAGGCUGGACAGAGGACGAAGACUUCUCCAUCUGCUGGCAGCUUUAUAAAGUAGAGUUUGAACAACUGACUCUUGAUGGACACAAACUUCCUUCUCUCAUCUGUGUGAUAACAGGU